AUGACGAUGCUCCUCACAACAGCAACCCGCCCGUCGCGGCUCCUCACCAAACACCUCCGCAACCUCCGCUUCUCCUCAUCCUCAUCCACCUCCGCAUCGACAAUCGCGUCCUCCUUCCUCAACCGCUUCCAAUCGCUAGGCCCCCAAAUCCGCACCCAAACACUCGAUCCAAAUCAACUGCGCCUCCUCUCACUAACUCUCAACCGCUCCUCGCUCUUCCCCUCCUUACCCGCGCUCUCCAGCACAACAACCACCCCCACCGCAGACAAUGCCAUCGACACCGAGGUCUCCGCCGGAACCCCGCUCCCACCAGGUUACCACCUCGUCUACUUUACGCCAGCCUUUCUAGAGACCGAACUCGGCGCGGAUGGCACGGACACAAGCUAUAACCCGUCGCAUCCUUUUACGCGGCGCAUGUGGGCGGGCGGGGAGGUCUCGUGGCCAAGGGAUGGGUCCGGGAGGGCCAAUCCGUUGCGCGUGGGACAGCGGGUUACGGAGACGACGAGGGUACUAAGUGCGGAACCGAAGGUUGUCCGCAAGACGGGGGAGGAGAUGAUUGUUGUGGGUGUUGAGAAGGAGUUUGCGAAUGAGGGGGGUGUUGCGGUUGUUGAUCGGCGAAAUUGGGUCUUCCGAAAAGCCCUCCCACCAUUAACACCCUCAACAACAGCAGAAGCAUCCUCAACCCUCCCGCCGCCUUCCCCACCAACCCCGCACCCAGCAACAAGCACCACAACAUCAACAGGAAACACGCACACACGAACCCUAACCCAAACAGCCGUGACGCUCUUCCGCUUCAGCGCCCUCACCUUCAACCCGCACAAGAUCCACUACUCGCUCCCCUGGGCGCGCGACGUCGAGGGACACAGGGACAUCGUUGUGCACGGCCCGCUGAAUCUGAUUUCUAUCUUGGACCUGUGGCGCGAUUUGCGCGGUGCGGAUGGGAGGGAUGGAUCGUUGGAUCUGCUGUAUCCGGAGAGUAUCAGUUACCGGGCGACGAGUCCGUUGUAUGCUGGGGAUGAGUAUCGGAUUGUGCUUGAGGAGAAAGAGGGGAAGGGGGUUGUCGAGAUUUUGACCGCGGAUGGGAGGACAGCGAUGAAGGCGGGGAUUACCAGUGUAUAG